CAUUCUUCCCAACCCUCAUUAAAAUUUCACUGACACACCAAACAUAUAACCCAAAUUCUCUCUAUCCAUUUGAACACAGAGAAAUUCAUUCAUUAAAAAAAAAAAAAUCACACAAAAAAUGGCCUCAAUGACCACCAUGGCAGCAGCCUCAGCCUCACUGCUUCCAAACUUAACCAAAAACCAGGUCACUGGCAGCAGAAGAGGGAUGAUUGUGGCAGCGGCCAAGGCGGCAUCAACAGGGGCAGACGGGGAGAAAGUAAUGAGCUUGGAGAUGAAGAAUAGUAAGGAACAACAACAAAGCAGCAGCAGCAACGGAAGGAGGGAGAUGGUGUUUGCAGCUGCAGCAGCGGCCGCUGCUUCCAUGGCGAAAAUCGCCAUAGCAGAUGAGCCAAAACCAGGGACACCAGAAGCUAAGAAGAAGUAUGCUCCUAUUUGUGUGACAAUGCCUACAGCUAAAAUCUGUCGCAAGUGAUAAAUUUUUCAAUCUAAUUUUGUUUGUUAGUGUGUUAAUUGGCGUCUCAGAUUAAUGUGAAAGAAUUAAGAACUUGUUUGUCUGUCUUGUAUUGGAGAAAUCUUGUUUAUGUUAUCUCCUUGGUUUCAUCUCCCCAUUGGUUUUGUAAAUUCACCAGUUCAUCCUUCAUAGAAACUGAUUAUCA